CAACACAGAAGAAGAAGAAGAAGAAGAAGAAGCGGGAGAUUUGGAACAUUUAUUGGGAGUAAAUAAACGUGUGUUUUUCACACGGAACAUUCACAAAAAUGCUGAAGAAGCCGCCGAAACUAAAGAGCACCAUAAGAGCAAAAAUGAAAGGGAACGUAAACAUCGCAGCGGCGUCAGAGGCGAUGAUUGAACUGAUGACCCUGUUGUUCCUGAACAGCCUGGCCGAAGAGGCGAAAGCCAAAGCGUUUGAGGAGAAAUCCGCAACAAUCAGAGUUCACCACGUCAGAGCAGUCUCUAAGAAAGUUUUGAAGAAGGCAAGAGGAUGAAGAGGAUGAGGGUUAUUGUGCUGAACUUCACAAACAUCUUUUCAUGCUUUUGUUUCAGAAAUCUCCUUUUGUUUAAAAUGUUUUUUAUCCUCUUCUUCCAAGUCAACACUUUUUUUUACUGUCUUCUAAUAAAAAUAUUUAACUUGUA